CUCAGCCCUCCACCCCCUGCCAGAUAAAAGCGGGGAUGCUGAGCCGUGACCUGACCAUUCCUGCCCCAUCCUUCCCUGCAGGGCCUGUCACUCUGCCUCACUCCCGCCAUGUCCUGCCGCUCCUUCCAGCCGGGCUCCAGAUGUGGCAGCCGGAGCUUCAGCUCGUACUCGGCUGUCAUGCCGCGCGUGGUCACCCAAUGCGCAGUGAGCAAACUGCCCUGCCGGCCUGGGGGCCAUGGGGGCCUCCGAGCUCUGGGCUGCCUUGGCUCCCGGAGCCUUUGCAAUAUGGCCUUUGGGAGGCAGCGGGUGGCCUCCAGGUGUGGCCUGCCUGGCUUCGGGUACCGAGUGGGUGCCGCCUGUGGGCCCUCUACCUGUAUCACACCUGUCACCAUCAACGAGAGCUUGCUGGUCCCGCUGGCCCUGGAGAUCGACCCGACCGUGCAGAGGGUGAAGAGGGAUGAGAAGGAGCAGAUCAAGUGCCUCAACAACCGCUUUGCAGCCUUCAUCAACAAGGUCCGGUUCCUGGAGCAGAAGAACAAGCUUCUGGAGACGAAGUGGAACUUCAUACAGCAACAGGGAUGCUGCCAGAGCAACAUGGAGCCCCUCUUUGAGGGCUAUAUCUGCGCCCUGCGGAGGCAGCUGGACUGUGUGUCAGGGGACCACACAAGGCUGGAGUCGGAGCUCUGCAGCCUCCAGGACACCCUGGAGAGCUACAAGAAAAAGUAUGAAGAGGAGCUCGCCCUGCGCCCCUGUGUCGAGAACGAGUUUGUCGCCUUGAAGAAGGACGUGGAUACAGCCUUCCUGAUGAAAGCUGACCUGGAGACCAACGCGGAGGCUCUGGUGCAGGAGAUCGACUUCUUGAAAGGCCUGUAUGAGGAGGAGAUCUGCUUGCUCCAGUCUCAGAUCUCUGAGACCUCGGUCAUUGUGAAGAUGGACAAUAGCCGGGAGCUGGAUGUGGACAGCAUCAUCACCGAGAUCAAGGCCCAAUAUGACGACAUUGCCAGUCGCAGCAAAGCGGAAGCAGAGGCUUGGUACCAGUGUCGGUAUGAGGAGCUGAGGCUGACCGCCGGGAACCACUGUGACAAUCUCCGCAACCGCAAGAACGAGAUCCUGGAAAUGAGCAAGCUCAUUCAGCGACUGCAGCAAGAAAUCGAGCACGUCAAAGCCCAGCGCUGCAAGCUCGAGGGUGCAAUAGCCAAGGCCGAGCAGCAGGGCGAGGCGGCCCUCAGCGACGCCAAGUGCAAGCUGUCGGGGCUGGAGGAGGCCCUGCAGAAGGCCAAGCAGGACAUGGCCUGCCUGCUCAAGGAAUAUCAAGAGGUGAUGAACUCCAAGCUGGGCCUGGACAUCGAGAUCGCCACCUACAGGCGCCUGCUGGAGGGCGAGGAGCACAGGCUGUGUGAAGGCAUUGGGCCCGUGAAUAUCUCCGUAAGCAGCUCCAAAGGCGCCAUCCUGUAUGAGCCAUGUGGGGUCAGCACGCCUUUGCUGAGGACCGAGUACUGCCCUGGGAGCACCAGCGUCCUCAGGAGCAGCGGAGGCUGCAGUGUGAUGGGCACUGGUGAACUUUACAUCCCCUGUGAGCCCCAGGGGCUGCUGGGCUGUGGGGGCACAAGGAGCUCCAACACAAAGCUGGUGGCUGGGAGCAGCCCCUCCAGUCGCCAGUGUUAA